AUGUCUGGUUUUCGUCUUAUUGACAUCGUUAAGCCUAUCUUACCGAUCUUACCGGAAGUCGAGUUGCCGUUUGAAAAAUUGCCAUUCGAUGAUAAGAUAGUGUAUACUAUUUUUGCUGGGCUAAUCUACCUUUUCGCACAGUUUCCACUCGUUGGCUUGCCCAAGUCCGCCACCCCCGCUGUUAAUGACCCAAUCUAUUUUUUGAGAGGUGUCUUUGGCUGUGAGCCAAGAACUCUUUUGGAGUUUGGCCUUUUCCCUAAUAUUUCCAGUGGGUUACUGUUACAGUUGUUGGCAGGUUUGAAAGUAAUCAAAGUUAAUUUUAAAGUUCAAAGUGAUAGAGAAUUGUUUCAGACUUUGACCAAAGUGUUUGCCAUUGCUCAAUAUGUCAUUUUGACCAACAUUUUCAUUUUUGCAGGAUACUUUGGCGAAGAUCUAUCCGUCGUCCAAAUUGGUUUAAUCAACUUCCAAUUAGUCGGUGCAGGUUUCUUCACCACUUUGUUAGCUGAAGUCAUCGACAAAGGAUUUGGGUUCUCUUCGGGUGCUAUGGUCAUCAACACUGUGGUCAUUGCUACCAACUUGGUUGCUGAUACUUUUGGUGUUUCUCAAAUUAAGGUUGGCGAAAAUGACCAAACUGAGGCUCAAGGUGCUCUAAUCAACCUGAUUCAAGGUUUCAGAUCCAAGCAUCACACUUUUGUUGGUGGUAUCAUCUCUGCCUUCAAUAGAGACUACUUGCCAAACUUGACCACCACCGUUAUUGUCUUGGCCAUUGCCAUUUCUGUCUGUUAUUUGCAAAGUAUCCGUGUAGAAUUACCAAUCAGAUCAACAAGAGCUCGUGGGACAAACAACGUCUACCCAAUCAAGUUACUUUACACCGGUUGUUUGUCUGUUUUGUUCUCUUACACUAUCUUGUUCUACAUCCAUAUCGUUUCUUUUGUUUUGAUUCAGUUGGUCGCUAAGAAUGAGCCAUCCCACAUCAUUUGCAAAAUAAUGGGUCACUACGAGAAUGCCAACAACCUUUUGGCAGUGCCAACUUUCCCAUUAUCUCUUUUGACUCCACCAACUUCCUUUUUCAACGGUAUUACUCAACAACCUUUGACUUUCAUCACUUACUCAGUUUUCGUAUUGAUCACCGGGAUCUGGUUUGCUGAUAAAUGGCAAGCUAUAUCUGGUUCAUCUGCCCGGGACGUGGCUUUAGAGUUCAAAGAUCAAGGUAUCACCUUGAUGGGACGCAGAGAACAAAACGUUGCUAAAGAAUUGAACAAAGUUAUCCCUAUCGCAGCUGUCACGGGUGCAUCCGUCUUAGGGUUGAUCACUAUUCUCGGUGAAUCUUUGGGAUUAAAAGGUAAAGCCGCAGGUAUAGUCGUCGGGAUUGCUGGAGGGUUUUCCAUGUUAGAAAUCAUCACCAUUGAAUACCAACAAAGUGGUGGCCAAAGUGCUCUGAACCAAGUCUUGGGUGUUCCAGGUGCUAUGUAA